AUGACAUCCUCACCUCGAACACCCGUGACCGCCACGAUCUCGCACCCAGCCCACACCCUCCUCUCUCGUGCGCACUCUCCGGACACAGCAACGCGCAUCUUCACCGACAAAGUCAAGAACAAGCCCCUUUUACUACAGCCCACAGCGUCGUCAGACCAAAGAGCACUCCGGCGGCACAUCCGACUCCACAAAAAAGAGUACUUCCUUCGAAAGCGGAAACCCCAACCACUCAGCGCCAAAGAGAAGCGACAACUCGGCGUCUUCAAGCUGAAGAAGGAAGAAAUCAAAUAUGACAUCUACAAGCGACUGAACGAGCUGUGGCGCGGCUAUAUGCUGGAAGUCCUGGGUUAUAUGCGUGACGGUGAAGUCGUUGAGAGCCGAGGGAGGCCGAAACAGGUGUCGGCACAGAGCCACGGUGCGCUGCUCGCGAGUGCGGACUUCCACGGCGCGGAGAUGGAAGUUGUGCGCUGUGCGGAUGUCGGGAAAGUUGGUAUCAAAGGCAUCGUGGUUCGAGAUACGAAAUUUACGUUCGUUGUUGUCACGGCGAAAGAUGAGGUUAAGACACUACCGAAAAAGGAUACGGUGUUCCGCUAUGAAAUCCUGUUGUCUGGGAAAGAUGGUCUGGAGGGAAGGAAGUUGGUGUUUGAGUUACAUGGAAACCAGAUCGAGCUGAGGCCCGCAGACAGGGCGAAUCGAAAGUUCAAAUGGAAAGCUAUGGAUUACCUAUGA